AAGGGCGGAGAAAGAAGAGGGGGGGUAAUUGUAAGUGGUGGUUUAGUUUUAAGAAAAAUGUAAAUGUCACAAUCCGAGAGAUAUUUUAAAUUCAUUGCAAUGGCACGAUGACACGUGCUGAAGUGUAUUCGUCAUGUUUUUUUGCUGCUUUCACAUCGAAUCAAUCAUGUCAAAUUUGGGAAAAUAUGGAAAUAAAGUUCAAGUCGACUACAAAGCUCGCCUCGAACACAAAUUGUAUCUGGCCCGAGAAAAUCCAGAGCCCGUAUUUGAUAUAUCGGAAUGCGCGCUGAAGAGUGUUCCGUCUGGUAUAUAUUCCCUGUGUAAAGUAUUUAGAAAGAAAGUUCUAUGGAUGCAAUGCAACAAGUUAAGUUCGCUCUCAGGAGGUGGUGCCUUAAGCGAUCUAUCGCUUCUCACAGUAUUGGAUCUACACGACAAUUGCUUCACUUUUUUACCGGGUGAUAUAGCUUACCUUACAUCGCUCAAGGAACUGUACCUACAAAAUAACGCGAUCAGGAAGCUACCGAUUGAAAUACUCAAUCUAACAAAUUUAUCAGUUCUUAAUGUUGCCCAGAAUAAUUUGAAACAAUUACCGGAAUCAAUGGGAGAGCUACGCCAGCUCACUGUGCUCGACAUAAGCCAUAACAAACACCUUGAUAAGCUACCUAAAUCAUUAGGUUACUCGCAGUUGUUAUCAGAGAUAAAAAUUGAAGGACUGAGACUUUCUUACCCACCACAGGACGUAAUCUCUGGUGGCGUUGUUGUGAUAGUUGCUUUUUUGGCUAGAGAAUCCGGGGUUGAAUACGCCCCAGAAAAUAGUAUCCAAACAACGGACACCACUCGAAAUUCAAGCUCUGAAAAUAGACAAAUGAGUUAUCAGAAUAUAGACAAUGAUAUUCAGGCGACGUUAAUGAAGUUAGAAAAAAACAAGGAACACCGACAAAACGCGCUUUUAGAAGUGGAGAAAAAUAUUCGCGAGCAACAAAAAUAUGAGCACAAAUUGCAGUCCUCAAUCAAAGCUCACAGAGAAAAGCUUCUGGAGGAUUUGGCGUUGCAACAAACACAAUUGGAACAAGAAAUCGAAAAGGUUCAACAGGAAAGAGACCAUGAUCGGGCACGCUUGCUAUCUUAUAUCUGUAAUGCUGAAAAAGAAGCUGACAAUGUGAUCAAGGAAUUUCUGCAUCAUAGCGAAGAAGAGAGACAAAGCCAGGCAGAGCUUUUGGAUAAAGAAAAACUUGAAGAAGUUCAAUUACUGGCAGCAAGUCAUUCGGCACAAUUCAAUCUGCGUACAAAAGACACCCUCAGCGCCAUGGAAGAGUUGCUAGGACAGGAACUGCUAACUGAACAAAAACUUGAAGAGUAUACCAAAUUCCGUGAUUAUACCGCCCAAUCUUUACUGAGCUUAGAAGUAAGGAACAAUGAUCACCUAACGCGGAUAGUACAAGAUCAGGAAAGAACAAGGCAAGAUUUAGUAAUAAGUCUGAGAAAAGAUGAAGCACUACAAAAGGCUGCUGUCACUGCGUUACUUGAACGUAGUGAUACACGUUCCUGGAGUAUAGUGCAACAAGUGAAUCUGGUUCAAGCACAGCUUGCGAAUCUCACCGCCAUAGAGUUGGAGAAACGAAAAUUGGAAACAAACCAGCAGAUUAAUGAUAUCGCUGACAAAAGGGUGACCCUAAGCAUCAUUCUCAUGGACUUAUUACAGCAGCAAGAAAAACGAAGAGAACAGCUAAUAGAAACCAUUAAUCAAAUAGCGCAACAACAACAUACAGAUAGUUCAAGAAGAGGUAGCCAAUUCUGGCUAAUGCAAUAUCAAUCACUCAUGGAAACCAGACCUCAAGGCUUACUGGAGACACUCGAGCCAAUGUUAGUCAGACACUUAGCUAUUGCGGGAGUGAUGCAUUGUCUGCCAUUUUUGAGUACACUACAGUCACUUUUGCCACAUAUUACGCAUGAGGUUCUAAUAGAGGUUGGAAUCAAGAGCGCAAAUGAUCGAGCAGCAAUCAUAUUAGCUACAGAGAAUUAUUUAGCUGAGAAAAAAAUGAAUGCGAGCGAGCAUUUGCACGAGAUUCCAUCUGCUGUACCAUCUGCGCCAGAAGACGAAGUUGGCACAAGUUCUAAUGUGGUUAAAAACGAAGAUUCACAGGGCAUAAACACCACGGAAUGUGUUAUCUGCCUCGACAUGGCUUGUCAAGUAAUUUUCUUGCCCUGCGGACAUAUGUGCUGUUGCACGGAAUGUGCGAAUAAAGUAGCAACGGAGUGUCCAAUGUGUCGCAGUGUUGUUGAGCGUAGAAUACGAGUUUUAACAACAUGAUCAUUGCGGUAUGUUCUAAAAAACUCGCACAGCAUUUGAAGAAUGUUUCAGAUGGUUUAGUGUACUGCAAAGUUUGAAAGAAAAAAACAACCAUGCCCCUGUUUUGUAUAAUGAAGACAUAAGUAUCGGUUAGUAAAAAUAUUCUAUCUUUAUUUUAGAAUAUUUAGUUUAUGACUGUCCAUUGUGUUAUGGUUGAUGCAAGUAGAUCCUUGAACAAAAUUUGUAUACUUGCGUCACCGUACAGAUUAGACUAAUGUAUGGAGCUCAAGAAAACACAAUGUUUUCAAGAAAAUCAUUGCAUUUUUGUCCAACAUUUAACAAUAGUAUGAACUUCUGAAAAGCCAAUGAUAGGAAUGCUUGAAUAACAUCUCGUUAUUCUUACAGCUUCCUUUGUAUACUGAAAUAGCGACAGAAUUGAAUGUGCAAGACAAACAAUUUUUAUUAUAAAAACCGUUGAUAAUUUUGAUGGUGUUGUAUAUUUCUUUCUCAAGUUAAGUAUCGAAAGAUUGGACUAGUUUCACACAAAAUCUAUGAUCCAAGUUCACGAUCACUUAUCGAAAAUGCAAAUCAUAAAUGUCUAUGUAUAAUAUUUAUAUACAUUUGAUAUAGAAUUUUUAAUGUCUAUUUGCUUGUAAAAAAUUUUUAUCAAAAUUACAUUUGUCGAAGAAUGAUAUUAAUGAAUUUCAAUGUCCUUAAAAGUUUUUAAAUUACUGUUAAAAUAUUAAUAGUAAAGCCAAGUAUGUAUACAAUUACUAAUGCAGGAUAUGAAAACGAUCCGAAAUCAUUCUAAACUACGCGUAAUAGUAAAUUUUUGCUAAAUAACAUUAGGUGGUACUACUCUUUAAGAAUGCCUAACUAUUGGAAGGUGAUGCUAUAUAUAUAUAUAUAUAUACAUCGCAGUUAACUUGGACGAAAAAUUCUUUGAUUACUAAAAAUGAUUAGAAUUCGUUCAUAUUUAAUGAACAGUGCUGAUCAACGAAGGGCAGUUUGUGUAGUCAAUAAUUGUAUGCUAGUCUUUCUUUGCCUGUUUUGUAAACAUAAAGUGCCAUAUAUACACACAUACAAUUAAUUUUUACGUACAAGAUAUUAUUGCGAUGUGUUUACCUAUGUACAGUAAGUAAACGGAACUGAGAUAUAAGCUAGGCAUAAGAUAUAACUUUAUAAUAGAGUGAAGGGGAAAACACAAAGUAAACGAGUAAUACAGAAUGAAAUAUGAAUUCGAUAGGCAUGUCUAUAACUGAUCACACUUGUUACUAUUGUUAAAAAGAAUAUUAAACACUGUUCGUAGUGAAAUGAAGAAUUCCAUUAUUUUAACAUAUAAUGUUUAAAUUGUAGUAAUUUUCUAUAUCGCACAUUCUACGCUUGAUUUAAAAAUUCACAAAAAAAAAGAAUAAGAUUGCUAAUCUUUCGUAUUGUCAUAUGGAGCUUUAGAACGAUUAGAGUAUAUGAUGUUUUUUCCCUAUAGCCUAUACCUAAAAUUACCGUAAGCUCGCAGGAUUAUUUAAUUAUCAAUCUGAUGAUAUUGAAUAAAAAACAGUGACGUAUAAUAUAUAUAUAUAUAUGUAUAUAUAUUACUAUGUACUCAUUAAGAUACACACUUCUACGAACGAUUUCUGCAUAAAUAUGAUGUAAUCUAUUUACUCUCACACCAAUAUUGUCUUAUAUACAAUUAAUAAAAUUUUCUGAGACUGUU